GAGUCGAUGUACUGGACAAUAUCAAGACAAUAAUAACACUCACACUGGCCGUCAUAGAAUGUCAUAAAGCGUCAUCUUGAAUGGUUGGAGUUAAAUCUACAGCAUUUUGAGUUGUUAAGGUCGGAGAUGCGCUCCCUGCUCUUCCGCCAUUACGGCUUCCUUUGGCCAUAAUCAAAGACGUGAGCGGUCUCAACUCCCCAUAAAUUAAUAUACUAUCGUCCUGGGUUUAUAAAGAGGAUACCGUCUCUUGUGUCCUCCAUCUUCUCUCAGCUACUUUCAACCUCGUCCUACAGUUCUAUCCCUUUGCUCGAUCCACAGCCAGUACGCAAUGUGCCGCCGCCGUCAAAUUAGGAAUGUUUACCUCCGAUGCGACCACGCUAUCACCCUCCCUGAAGAAAUCGUACGACGACUACCAGACGAAAUUAUUUAUCACAAUCUUUACAUCUAAUACCUUUCCUAGAUUCGAUGCGAGGAGGUUAACUGCAGGUUCAGUCUCUUCCAUCCUGCGAGAUGCAAGCCACCGCGUUGUCUGCAUACCUGUUGGCAAUACCUUCGCUUUCCGGAGCAGUACUCGCCCCACAUUAACGGAUAUUGCCCCUCCUGUGACCAGGCGAUGCAAUACUGAGGCUAAGACUACUGAACGAAGAUUUCUGCCAUGUUUACCACUAUUCUUACGUAGGGUGGCAUUGACAGACUCAGAUACUAAACUAGUUCGACUCGAGCCUUGUAGUUAUUUUGACCUAUAAAGUAGUAGAUUUCACGAUUUGAAUUUUAUUCCAAUAAAGUGUUUGAUGAUCCGUGGUCC